AUGUCGUUCGCGGACUCCCUCACGAGGAUCGUCGCGGAGAAGAGGGCGGAGCAGGCCGAGAAGGAGCGAAUAGCGGCCAAGUGGCACUCGCACGAGGAGAAGCUGCUGGAGCAGGCCGUCGACCUGUUCAAGCAGCGCUGCACCCGCGAGGCCGAGUCGGGGGAGAAGUGCACGGCCACGGUCUCGUUCGAGGUCCUGUCCAGGGAGAUCUCAGGACAUUUUCCCAAGCGGGUGCUGACGGACUCGACCUACUUCGUGGAGUCCUGGGGCGAGGGCAUCAAGGCCGAGAAUUGGUUCUACGCCGUGCGGGGCGCGGCCGCCUCCUGGUCGCCCGGGGCGCCGAUCCUCUUCGCGGAGGUGCUGCAGGGCAUGCUCCCCAAGUUCGUGGAGAAGGUGAAGGCGCUCGGGUUCAACAGCUGCGUCCACGAGCAGGGGACAUGGAAGAUCACCGUGACCUGGGACCUGCCGGAGGGGGACGAGGAGAGCAGGACAGCCCCACCACGGAGGCGUGAGGGGCGCCAAGCCGCUGCCUGGCCAGCUCUGCCCGCUGCCCGUCCUCGUCGUCCUCCCCACUUCUCAGGUUCUGUACCCUCUCUCUUUCCCAGAGCCUCUUCUUCCGAGCCAGCCAGGUAUACAGUAUGCCUCUGGGGUAGGGCUGCGACUUACCUAUAUUGGAGCUCGCCAUUAUGGUUACGCGCUCGAUCAAAA